GACACCCACCUCCCACAGCCUGGGCUCCCUGGGAUGACCAAAGGAGGAAUGGAGUCCGUGGAAUUGUUCACAGCCGAAGGCAAAGGCCGGGGAUUGAAAGCCCAGAAGGAAUUCCUGCCUGGGGAUGUCAUCUUUGCAGAGCCAGCCUACGCAGCCGUGGUUUUUGACAGCCUGACCCACGUCAUCUGCCACACCUGCUUCAAGAGGCAGGAGAGGCUGCACCGCUGCGGGCAGUGCAAGUUUGCCCAUUACUGCGACAGGACCUGCCAGAGAGCGGCCUGGCUCAACCACAAAAACGAGUGCUCUGCCAUCAAGAGGCAUGGCAAGGCACCCUCCGAAAACAUCAGGCUGGCUGCCCGCAUCCUGUGGAAGAUGGAGCGGGAGGGCACGGGGCUGUCCGAGGGCUGCCUGGUGCCCAUCGAGGAGCUGCAGAACCACGUGGACAGCUUUGGGGAGGAGGAGAAGAAGGAGCUGCGGGCUGACGUGGAGAGUUUCCUGGAGUUCUGGCCGCCCCACUGCCAGCAGUUCGGCAUGCAGCUCAUCUCCCACAUUUUCGGGGUGAUCAGCUGCAAUGGCUUUACCCUCAGUGACCAAAGAGGACUGCAGGCUGUUGGAGUGGGAAUCUUCCCCAACCUCUGCCAGGCCAACCACGACUGCUGGCCCAACUGCACUGUCGUCUUCAACAAUGGCAAUCAUGAGGCUGUAAGAUCAAUGUUCCACACACAGAUGAGGAUCGAGCUGAGGGCCCUGAGCAAGGUUUCCCCGGGGGAUGAGCUGACGGUUUCCUACGUGGAUUUCCUCAGCCUGAGCGAGGAGCGGCGCGCGCAGCUCAAGAGGCAAUAUUACUUCGACUGCGCCUGCGAGCACUGCAAGAAACAGCUCAAGGAUGACCUGAUGCUGGCAGUGAAGGCAGGGGAAAGCAAGCCCUCUGCAGACACGGUGAAGGAGGUGAUCCAGCUCUCCAAGGACACGCUGGAGAAGAUCAACAAGGCCCGCAUGGAGGGACAUUACCACGAGGUUGUGAAGCUGUGCCGUGACUGCCUGAAGAAACAGGAGCCUGUGCUGGGGGACACCAACAUUUACCUGCUGAGGAUCCUCAGCAUUGCCUCCGAGGUGCUCUCCUACCUGCAGAUGUUCGAGGAAGCAGCUGACUAUGCCAAGAGGAUGGUGGAUGGCUACCUGAAAAUUUACCAUCCCAACAACGCUCAGCUGGGGAUGGCCGUGAUGCGGGCGGGAGUGACUCACUGGCACGCUGGCCUCAUUGAAGCUGGCCAUGGCCUGAUCUGCAAAGCCUAUGCCAUCCUCCUGAUAACCCACGGACCUUCCCACCCAAUUACCAAAGACCUGGAGGUCAUGCGUGUGCAGACGGAGAUGGAGCUGCGCAUGUUCCAGCAGAACGAGUUCAUGUAUUACAAGAUGAGGGAAGCUGCCCUCAAGAACCAGAAGAUCCAAGUCAUGCCUGAGCCCAGCAAUGAGAAUGCACCAAGCCUCUUCCACAAAAAGGAAUAAACCCAGAGCUUGGCACCAAUUCAUGCCUGCAGGGUACCAUCACCCGUGGCACUUCCACACACUGGGAAUGUCAUACAGCAAUGGGAUAUGUCCAAGGAUUGUUUCCAGUGGCACAAGUCUGACAGAAUGGACCUGCUGGGGAGUAUCCUGAAAACUCUUCUGAGGGCUUAAAGCAGAAGAGGUCCUGGCAGAAAAAACAUCCCUUUUUCUAUCACUAAGGCAUUAAAUAAUCAAAGAAAAAAA